UUUUGCUAAUCGCAAAAACUUCAUCAGUUUGAGAAAAUUGAUUUUUCAAGCAAUCUCAAUGAGCAAUCGAUUUCUCGCUUCGCUAAUGAAAUGGCAGCAGUUUCCUUUCAUCUCACUAACCUAGUUUUUUUUAAUAAAAUUAUUAUACAAAAUGGCGGCAAGCACUUCUCAUGACAAGCAAUAUCUAAAUAUGGAAGGCACAAGUUAUGUUACGAAGACGUUAAGUUUUCAAGAACAACAAAGACUAGAACAUGAGAAAUUACAUGAAAAGCACAAAGGACAUGAAGCAAUGCAUCUAGAAAUGAUUUUAAUCUUACUAACUACCUUAGCAGUUGCUCAAAUAUUACUUGUUCAGUGGAAAAAAAGGCAUUUUAAAUCUUAUCAGAUGGUAACAUUAUUUGGUGUUUGGGUUAUUCCUUUAUACUUCAAUAUUCGUUUAAGAUGGUUCAGGAUGCUGUUUUUCUGGAGCAUAUUUUCAAUAUCAACUGCUUAUAUAGUUUAUAAUGCAACUAGACAACCACUUGCCCCAACAACUCCGAGAAUGGUGUACAAAUGGUUUUUUUUCAUUCACAAAGGAACAACAGCUUUGAGCUUGCUUGGUUAUUUUGCUAUCAUGUUAACAUUAUUGGGGGUAUCUACAAUGUUACAAAUUAAUCCUGAUAUUGCUGCAGAGUUUGGAUUGGUAGUUUUGUUUUAUGGUUUGUAUUUUGGUGUUCUUGGAAGAGAUUUUGCAGAGAUAUGUGCUGAUAAAAUGGCAUCAAAGUUGGGUUACACUACAGUAAGCGGUCUACCCAGUCGAAAACUGAAUGAAGGAAUAUGCGCUGUGUGUGGUCAAAAAAUCGAACCUGAAAAUACUUCGGAGAAAACAUGUCGUCUUUCCUGUGGUCACAUAUUUCAUGAAUUUUGUAUACGUGGUUGGUGUAUAGUUGGCAAAAAACAAACAUGUCCUUACUGCAAAGAGAAAGUUGAUUUAAAGAGAAUGUUUCCUAAUCCAUGGGAGAAACCUCACAUAUUAUUUGGUCAAUUAUUGGAUUGGUUAAGAUAUCUUAUUGUUUGGCAACCUGUUAUUAUUUUGGUUGUUCAACUUAUAGUUUGGAUUUUGGGUUUGGAAUAACGCUGAGUGACUUAGAAAUAAGGAAUAAAUUGAAAGAAACAGGAAAUUGUAUAAAUUUAAACUCUUAACUUAUUUUUCUAAAUGCGAGCGUCAUAAAUUAUUGAUUCGUACGGAAAAUUUAAAUUAAAAAUGAAAUAAUGCGUUAGUUAAAGUUCUUAUGACACCAAAUUUUACCAUACAACUUUCUGAUUGCAAUGUAAAAUCAAUGGAGAAGUGAAUUGAGUUUUUGGUUUUUGGAGAUAUUCAACUUUUUUCACUAUGUCAAUAACAUCGUUGUCAAAACGUCACAGUUGGUGCAAAUUUAACAUUAAGAAAUAGUAGUUUUCUCGACAGAGUCGGUAUUUAACUAUUUUACAUUGACACCGUAUUAUAUAUUCGUCCAUACUUGCAUAAUUUGUACAUAAAACGUUUCAACGAUAUUGAAAAUUGAUGAUAUUUAAAUUGUUGUUAGUCUCUAUGAUGCCAUAACGAUUUUUUUGUGUAAUUAAUGAAGUUAAAUAUCUCUAGAAAAGGUGUUGCAUCCGCAAAAGUACUUAUGAAGUCAUUUUAUAUGUUCUUUGAAAUGCAAUAAACAAUUUUUGAUAAAAUUUCGUGUCAUAUAAACUUUUUCAAAAGUUACGACACUUUUCAUCGUUAAUAAUAACGAGAUCAUCGAUUCAUAGUUAAAAAAUUGAUAUCAUUAUUUAUCGAUUAAGGCUUCGACCAUAAAUUCAUUUAAUGAAUUAGUUUGACAAAAAAUAAUGAAAUUUGUACAAUUAGUCGAAAUUAUAUUUGACAUUGCUUGUU